AUGUUUCUUGGGCCGGGCGAUCGUGACGACGCGUUCAUUGACAAUCACGAGCGCAUACAAGACGUCCUUGAGACGCGCCUUCAUGUUGGUGGGUGGCACGAUUGCAUCCGCGACGCGAAGGCGCAAGCUCGAUUCCAGACGCAGGUGCCGGACAGUAGCCUUCGUAGGUCAAAGUCGGAGUUUGAAAAAGAAGUGCUCAAGUCGCCCAUCCCACCGCUAUCCACACCUGUAUUACCUACGAGUU